GCAAUGCCACAGUUCAAGCUGGAAACGUCAGCACUCUAAAUAGAUGUGUUUUAUGAGAAUUGGAAGGGAAGUCGCAUCUCGACCUCGUAUACUAAGCAGUGUCCGCUAUCCUCUAAUUUUGUACCAAAACAUAAAUCUUAGCGCCACUUGUGACAUACAAACAAUUGACAAAAAUGUCAUCUGAACCAGUAUUAAAUCCUCCAAUUCCAUGUGUGGAAGCUGUUCAAGGUGGUCUGGUACCUGGAAAAAUGGUAAAAAUUCAAGGGAAAGUUCCUUCGAAUGCAGUACGUUUUGCUGUCAAUUAUCAGCUGGGGCCUACAUUAAAUCCAAGAGAUGAUAUUGCGAUCCAUGUUUCGCCUCGCUUUACGGAAGGCUUUGUUACUAGAAAUCAUAUAGAAUCAAUGAAUUGGGGUAUCGAAGAGAACGAGGGGCCCAUGUGGAUUCAACCUGGACAAGAAUUUGAGAUAUUUCUUUUGUGCGAUCAUACAUCUUAUAAGAUUGCCAUAAAUGGCAGACAUUUUACAGAGUUUGCUCACCGAUUGCCUUAUGAGAAAGUUACACAUUUGGUUAUCGACGGAGAUGUAGAAGUAAAUUCUAUUUCAUAUGAAAAUGUUCCUGUCGACCCGCCACGUUCUCCUAGAGCUGCACCUCCACCAGAUGUACCAGCAGCUAACUUUGGACCACCCCCACCAGGUGGAUUGUAUCCAACGAUAGGCUCGCAAACGCCGCAAGGUGGAUAUGGUCCACCUCCUCUAGCUGGUUAUGGUCCCCCACCAGCUGGCUAUGGUCCUCCACCAAAUUCAUUUGGAGGACAAGGUUAUAAUCCCCCAAACAUGUACGGAUACCAACCUGGAUAUGAAAAACCCGAAGAAGAAAGUACAUUCAGUGCCUGUUUAGAUAAAGUUGGUCUAGCAUUAGGAGGAUUAGUUGCUGCGGGAGGCAUAGCUACUGCUGCGCACGCACUGACUAAAAAAAAAGAGGAUGAAAGUGAAAAAGAUCAUGAAAAAUCAGACGCUUCUAAGACAAAAACGGAAAGCGAGGGAGGUUUAGGAAACCUUGGAUCUCUUGGUGCAGCUUUAGCAAGCAGCUUAGUGACCAAUGCUUUGCAAAACAACACGCAUGCGCAACAAGGCUAUCCUCCUCAAGAAUCAAGUGGUGGCGUCUUAGGCUCUAUCCUUGGAGCAUUAGGUGGUAAUAAUGCGGCGCCGGCACAACCACAAAGUCAGCCAACUGAUCCACUAGCAGGAACCCUAGGAUCCAUCAUUGGUGGUGUUUUCGGAGGUGGUGGAAAUCAACAACCAGGAUAUCAACCUUCAGGAGGUUAUGGAAAUUAUCAACCUUCUGGUGGUUAUUCUAACCAGCAGUCAAGCUCAGGUUCGGAUCUUUUAUCUGGAAUAGGUUCUGCAAUUGGAUCUUCUCUGUUCAGCUCUGCUUUGGAUGGUCUAAGCAAACAUGGUAAAGAUAAAUCCCGUGGAGAAAACCAUCCAGCACCUCCACCAACUUAUGCGCCAAGUACUCCACCAUCUACACAACCUGUUCCACCUGCUGAUAGUCCUACUUCAGGACAUAAAUUAACUGCAGAUGAAAUUUCAAAAGGCCUAGGUUUGGACGAUUAAUGUAAGUUGAAGUGAAAACCCAUAUAGAAAAAAGAUAUACAGAGAA